AUGUCGUGCCGUCCCGGAGGCCCCAUGGACAACCCACACGCUGAUCUCUCUGGUCGCAAUCGGCCAGCUGCAAAUGGAGGCCCCUCGGGUGUGCAGAGAUCGUCCGCCACUCAACUGAAGGAGAAUGAGCCCAUGUUCACGACGUAUGAGCACCUGCAAGGACUUCCUCGAACUGACUCGGCCCUCACAUUUCUACGCAAAGUAGCUUCUGCUGUGAAGCCCAUCAUGAAGAAACGCGGGUGGCGCGUGCAAGUACUAGCAGAGUUCCUGCCGACGGACCAAAGCUUGCUAGGAAUCAAUAUCAACAAAGGCUACAAGAUCUGCAUUCGACUACGCUACCACAACAACCCGCAUCUCUUUCUGCCAUUUGAGCAAGUUUGUGACACAAUGCUCCACGAGCUCUCUCAUAAUGUCUGGGGCGAACACGACUCGAACUUCCACAAGCUAUGGGACGAGCUACGCGAUGAGCACGAAGCACUCAUUCGCAAGGGCUACACCGGUGAAGGCUUUCUGGGUGAAGGUCAGAAGCUUGGAGGGAGUGGCUACGGGCGACCUCCACCACUUCACGAAAUGCGUCAGCGUGCACGAGCCAGUGCAGAGAAGCGCAAGAACCAAGGCACGCUCUUCCAUGGCUCUGGUCAAAAGCUCGGUGGCACUCCACUCCAUCGCGGUGCCGAUGUACGGAGUAUCAUUGCAGACCAAGUUAUUCGCCGCAACACGAUGAACGAGGAAGGAUGUGGAUCAGGCAGAAAGGAUGCUGGCAAACUUGCUGAUGAUGCAGCCAAGAACACCUUCUCCACGAAAGCCGAAGAGGACGAUGCUAACAACCGCGCUAUCGCCCAGGCGCUGUACGAACUUAUGGAAGAAGAAGAAGCUGAAAAGCUGAACGGAACUUUCAAGGGCGCUUCGAAGCCAGGCGCUGGUCUCUCGUGGAGUCCAGAGAAGGGGUUAUACGACUCCAACAUGAGCAUGCCACCCACGAAACCUCAACCCAGCGAAGAGGAGCAGCUGAGGUGGGCCAUGCAAGAGAGCACACGCAAUGCAGCACCUUCAAGCAGCACGAUGCCGGUCAAGUCUAUCAAGCACGAAAUGAUUCCCAGCAAGAGCAUCAAAGCAGAGUCGCCACCACUCAUCGAUCUCUCAACAAUAUCAGGACCUCCGGACAGCGUGACAGACGACCAGUGGGCAUGUCAGAUCUGCACCUGCAUUAACCCUCUCCAAUAUCUCCAAUGCGAAGCAUGUGGUGUCGAACGACCGCAAAGAAAGGCAAAGAAUGUCAAGUCGGAGCCUGCAAACCUGAAGAAACCAGUGCGAUCUGAGGUACCACCACCUUCAACUCGACAGAAGAAGAGUCUAGGCUGGAAAUGUCGUUGCGGGGCGUUUAUGGAACAUAAGUGGUGGACUUGCUCAGCUUGUGGUAACAUGAAGCCUUCGUCGUGA